AGCGCGGUUUUAGAGAUGCUGUAACGCUGUGGGCUUGUUUAUAUGCACCUUUUUUUCCUAUCGUAAGCACUAUGAAACAUUCCUUUCCCUCGUCGUCCCUCUUCCCCAGUGCAGAGUAGCAGGCUAAAGGUUCAGGCCGACCACUCUGCCUUUCUGUAAUUAUUAUCUCUCUCUUUCAAAUUUAAGCACCCACGUUAUUUCAUCCGCGUCUGAAAGCUUACACUAUUUUCUUCUUGUUUCAUUUACUCAACUCACAAAACACUUUCUCUAAAAAAUCAUUGUAUGCCCGCGCCGCCCGAUUCUAGGAGCAAUACGUAAUAGUGGGUAUGCAUCACUGUCUUUGAGGCCAUCAUCAACAAGGACACAACAACACAAGACUAACCAGGUAGGCUGUGAGAAAUUAGUUGCUUCGCGAUUCCAAUGCGAAUGCUCGUCGGUAUCGUCCAAGGAGUUUCCUUGGUACCAGCCGUGGGUACACGCCGCAUCGCUAUCGGGGCAACAGUUACAAGGACAGCACCCCGCAGCCUCGUUCUUAAGCGCAGAAGUUUAGAAUGCACUGCGCACGUGAACAGGCUGGAGCCUCUGCAAAACUUUACUUGCCCCCAAAGAGGCUGACAUCCAAACAGGAUACACAUUCACAAGAAGAUGGUGACUGAGAAGCGAUCGUCAGUGGAUGAACGAGGGACGCUUCUAGCUCUCAGCCUAAGGGUGUCUGACGCAACGGAAUUAUUGAUGGUUGAACAAGGGAUAUACGAGCCUACGUAUUGGCAAGGGGACUUUGUCACGGAUGCAUUUCUUGUUCGACCGCUGUUGAGAAGUAGUUCCCGCACAUACUCGCAUCCCAAUGUAUCCCAAAGGAGUACGCCCGAAGCAACUUCGAGACCUUUGGCGUAGUAUGUAUAGAGCCGCCGUCAGUCAUACUCAACCCGAAGACACCGUAAGCGUCUUUUUAAUCCUACUGCAAGGGGUACGUGCUAGUGAUUUCUGAAUGGGUCGCCUUGAAUUUCCUAGCUUAAUCCGUAUUAUUUCCAAAACACUUAAAAUACAAACAGUUUCUACAAGUUAAGCCGCUAGAAAUGUGUUUUCUGUGCUCUUGUCACUUCUGGCGGCGGCUGUACGUGCUGUGAAUGCGUAGCCCUGAAGGACUCUACUAACCAGUUAACUGGUUUUUUGCUAUCGGGAAAAGUCAGCACGAAAUGUAGGUACAAUUGUGAGUUUCGUUUUUUAUUGUUCCUGUUUCUUUGUUUUGGUUAAUUUUCUUGUACUCCAUGACAAAUGUCAUUCGUUCAUAGUUGUGCAUUUCUCGCGAUGCAGAUUGGUCCAAAGUUUUGGUUUUGAUGCAUCGCUGCCAGUGCUUUCCACUGAUUUUUGUUGAAAGUUUUGUCGACAGGCAACGUAGCAAUUAUUACAGUGAUGUUUCGCGAUGUGCUUGGGAAGUGGGGGGAAAGGGGCUGACACUCUGUCAGGCAUUAAUCGCCUUUACGUCUGCCUCCUAGGCAACUGUUUUGAUGCCUAAAGACUUUGAAACUAACCUGCCGAGGAUGGCCAGGCCGCCUUUGACGAAGAUAGGUCCCUCCUAUCGGAACGUUGGCCUGCCUUUCUGAGGCACCAUAUCUCUGUUCACAACCUUUAUGCCCCAGUGUGUGCUACUCCAUCUGUCAGCCCUCUUCUCGAUUUCGGAUAGCCCUGAAAGAGCAACUCCAUGGAGGCCAGCGAAGACGGUGUUGGUGCGCGCGGCGAGACUCCAGUCGGCCGCGACGGGCUCCGGGCGCGAUCCGCGCUCUGCCCGUGGAUCGGAUCGAGAGGCUGGGACGAAGGCGACGACCGCAGCCUGCUUCUGUGCCAGCUUCGCCGGGGAACCAAAUCGCUCACGACCGCCACAGCCCGCUCCGAGACCGACAGCCGGUGUUCGACGUCGAUGUCGUGCGCCCUCCUGGGCGCCACGUCGGCCAGCGGGAGAGGCGUGCGGCAUUCGCGCAAGAGGCGAAGGCGUUUCUCGGAGCCUCCCGGCAGAGGCUACGGGGCACGCCCGUUGCUCGGAGCCAAGAGCAAAAGCCUGCCGGGCAUCUUGGAGGUGAGCGACGUCGCCGCACCAGCGGAGCUCAAGCCCGAAGACACCACUCACGCUGCAGAGGUCGAGCCUACUCCAGCUAAGCCGGAACCCGAACGUCGCGACGUUCCGAGCGACGUCGCCAAAAGAACUGGAACCGUCCAGUACAGGUGUCCCGCCGUGGUCGCCCUCUGCGCAGCCGCGGCGCUGCUUUCCGCGUCGACUUUCGUCAAGUCGUGGGCGGCGCGGCGCGGGGCGGCUCGCUACCUCGCCACCUGUCACUCCGAGGGCUGCGCCCACAUCGACUCCGAGAUGCGCGACCUGGUGAGCGCGCAGUUCGAUCCGUGCGUCGACUUCUACGACUACGUGUGUGGCAGGUGGACAGGAGCGCCGGACCGCUUCUCGUCUUUCGUGGCCGACCAGCGCGUGUACGCCAAGGCCGCCACUGUCGCCUACAUGCUCCAAUUGCUCGGCAAAGAGCGCUCUCUGUCAUGGUCUACGCAGAAAGCUCGACAAGACACCGUGAUCGCCUCCAUGGCCUCAGUCUACAACGGCUGCGUUGAGCACUUCGCCACGCGCAAGUCCUUGGACUCGGUCGCCGACGAGGUGCUGCACGCCCUCAACGUCCGUCUAGAGACCUGGAGGAACUCGACUCUAGCCGGUAUGCUGCCCCGGCUGGUUGAGUUCUCGCUGCUCUACAGGCUUCACUCGUUCUUCGCCUUGACCUUUGAACGCCGCUCGAUGCCACUGCGCAUGACAGUAGGAAAAGUUGUGCGCAACAUAUCAGCCGCCGUGUACAGCCUCGACAAGCUCUACUCCUACUUCGAAACCAUGGUUGUCGCCCUUGAUAAAGCUGCUGCAGCCCGCUACGAAUCCCUUCGCGCGCUGGUCAAGCUCGACGGAACGGUUUACGAGGCCACCAAGAUGGCCAGCACGGUUGAAACGACGCUGCCUCUGGAGCAACUCGACGUGGAAGGAGUGCCACACGAAAUGUGGGCGUCAUCUGUAAACCGCGCCUUCUCCCUGGACAGCGAGGCGUCGUUUGCAACGAAAAUAGUUAUCAGGAGUAUUGGCAGUAUUCGCGACGCCUUUUCGGCAAUGGUCAGAACGGAUUCUGCCGUCGUGUCCAUGUACCUUCUUGUCCUGGUCACUUCGCAAACGAUACGCUACGAAUUCUACGAGCGCUACGCCGAGGUAGCGCAACGAGUUGGUUGGGUACAUGUAUCGUGCACCGAGGUGCUCAGCAGGCUGUUUCCCACGCACUACGCUAAUCUGGAAGCGACGGCCCUGCGAGGGCACGUGCACAACACGUCGGCGUCGGAAGUGCUCGAGGAAUCCAGGGGGCACCUAAUGGACAGUCUAAACGACAGUGCCACGAUUGAUGCCGCUGCCAAAGAUGAAAUACGCGAGCAGCUUAGUCAUAUAGACGUCGUAUUUGUCGAGCCUGUGAACGUCGCUGAUUUUCUUGCAGAGAGUGACGUGGAGCACACGCAAAGUUACAUCGAAAAUAUGUUCAUCGCAACGCGUCAGGAGGCAGUGGAACGUGCCCUGAACAAGUCCAGGUGGCCACCUCACUCGCGCAUGCUGGCUCGCAAGCAGUGGCUCGGCUCUUUCGGCUACGUCGAGAAACUCCGCGCCAUUGUCAUUGCCAGCCAGAACUUCCUUUCUGCACCGCAGUUCGCUUCGUACAUGUCCAGGGACGUCUCUAAUUACGCGAUUCUACGGGCUCGCUUCGUGCGGGAGCUGCUCGUCGCACUGUCGCAGGAACUUACAGGCACCGGCAUUUGCUCGCCGUCGAUUCAAGACAGAGUGAGCUUCGUUUCGAAGAGCCAAGCUGUCGAGGUCUUUAGGCAGGCCGAGUCGCUUCGCCUCGCCUAUCAGGCGUACAAGCAACAGAAACGUCUUUGUUAUGACGUCGAAGAAUCGGGUCUCGUCGCGUUCGACAGGAACUUUUUCCAGGUGUUCUGCGUUCAGUUCUGCAGUCAUCCUCUGCUAGAGCCGACACCAUCCUUAGUGCGCAUGCGCGACAGGUGCGAGAUUUCAGUGCGCUCAAUGCCAGAAUUUUGGGAAGCGUACAAGUGCCCGGAAGAAAAGGGGAAAAUGUCGUCGAUGCGGGAUUGCCUUGUGCCUCGCUAACGAUACUGAUCGUAUACUAGACCCGUCAACCGAAACAUCGAAUGAACUCCGCGAUUGAAAUCUUUGCACGUUGCGGCGCAUUAUAGUUAGUCCGCUGAUAUAACAAAAUAACAGGUCGUCAACGCUCGAGCACUGUCAUUGUUGUUUGGUUCUUUGAUACAGUGCUGCUGGCAUUGGACGCUAUGAAUUGGCUGAGUCCG